CCAAAAUACCAGCAAUAUCAACCCCGCAACCCCGAUAUCUUAAUUCUCACAUUCGGUUUAUAAUCGUCUAUUCAAUAAAUCUUACAUUACUGUUCUAACUUGAGCGUCGAAGGGGUUUUCCGGGAGAUCACCCCCCGGACAAGGCCAACGCGUUGUGUUACAAGAAUUCAGGUUCCUUCCUUCCACGAAUCGCCACUCCUGAUAAGGCUUCCACUUACGGUAUUUCAAGUGUUUUCCACUUCCUCGUUUCAUAACCGAAACAGUUUGGCGCCGUCUGUGGGGAAAAGAAUAAAAAGUCAUGGCUCCCAAAAGAAACCCAACUCAAACCGCCACCGUGCACAGCACAGAUACAGACACUUCCGCAGGUCACGCUAAUAAUCAAGCCGUGACUCGUCGUGAUCUGGACAUGCUAGCACGAAACCUCACCGCCGCUUUCUCCGAACAACUCCGCGCCGUCAUAAAUAAUACUCCUACUCAACAACGAGUGUUAGAGGACAUGGCGAACCAAAUAAAAAAUUUGCAGGAACGAAUUGAACCCCAUCAAGAGAUACCAAAGUCUCAUGAAUCUCAAGAUGGGAACUCGAGAACUUCCCACUCCAGUAGACGCAAUAAGAAAAGGCGGGAGAGAUCCAGGACCCACCCAAGUCUCAAAUGGACUGACCAACGAGAUGAUGAAUCUAAAACCACCUCUCGAGAUGCCCGUACCUACCUGGAAAGCAAGAAGCAAAGGGCAUCUGAAAGCGUUCAAUCGCUAGUGGAUAAGAGGAGGGAAGAAAGGAAAAAGGCACAACUCGCGGGAUCUAGCCGUCCCAUUAGUCCCGUCACUAUGCCGCGGAAUGAGGACGGCAGAAGUAGACUUCAUGAAGAUCUCACACCAAUAAUUUCUCCGCUGGCCCUGGAGAUACUGAAUACUCCUAACCCCGGGAAAAUAAAAAGAUCCCAAACAUGGCGGCCUUCGAUGGAACAUCCUGCCCGGAGGAACACCUGAUGGCCUACAAGAACCUGAUACUGCUGUACACCACUAACCCAUCACUAUGGAAGUUGAUUCGUGACCGGGAAUUGAUUAAGACGCUUGUGAGUUGGUUAUCUUGCUUAAG